AUGACAAAACCAUAUAAUUUAAACACUUCUUCCUAUGAUAUAUCAAAUGACUACAAUAGUCUUUACAUAGAAAAUAUAUUUAAUGAAAUUCAGAAUGAAAUAAAUAAUACAUGUGCUAGUAAUCAGAUUGUGGAAGAAAAAGAAGGAAAACAUAUUAGUAGUAAUAAUAAGAAUGAGUAUAAUAAUAAGAACAAUAUAAAGAAGAAUUAUUCUUCAACUAAUAGUUUAUAUAAAUAUAUUGGACAUAUAAAUAAUAAAAUAAUAAAUAUAGAUGAAUAUGUAAAUUUUAUAAAUAAUAAAAAAAAUGAAUAUAAGAAAAAGAAAAAGGAAUAUAUAAUUGAAUAUAUUAAUAAGAAUAAAAUAAAAAAAUUACAUUAUAAAGACAUGAUUAUGUUAUUUGAAAAAUAUGCAGAAAUUUUGGAAUUCAAGCAAAAGUGUUUAUUAUGUAAUAAUUAUUUAUCCUUUUCAUAUCUAUAUCUUACCAAAUUUUUAAAAAAAUUAAAACAAAAGGAUACAAAUAAUGAUGUAUAUGAUUAUAAAUAUAAUAUUACCUGUAGUGAUAAAUAUGACAAAUAUAAUGAUCCAAAUAAAAAAUAUAUAAAAUAUGAGAAUGAUAAAAAUUCAAAACAUAUACAUAACAACAAGGAGAAAAAUUGCUUAUUCUCUUUUUGUGAAUGUAUAGAAAAAAUUCAUUAUUCAGAAACCUAUAUAAGUAAUGAAAAAGAUUCAUACUAUAUAGAUAUGAUUGAUUAUAUAAAAAAAAAUACAUCCUUUUCUACAUGUAAUAAAAAAAAUAUGGUUAUAAAAGGAUUCUUUAAAAAUGUUAAAUUUACCAAAUUUUAUAAUUUCUUUAAUGAAAAAUAUGGUAAAACAUUUCUUAUCAAAAAAAAUUAUAAUACACAUACAAAGCAUAUAAAUAUGUCUAACUAUUUUGAAAAACCAAUUUUAACAAUUGAGCAUGUCAAGGAGUUGAAUAGUCACACAGAAAAUUUUAUUCCCUUCUUCAAAAUUAACCAUGUAAACACCCUUUUGACAACAGUGGAGAAAAAAAUAUUAAUAGAAUGCUUAAAAGUUACUAAUAAAAUAAUAUUUCAUGAUAAAAUUGAUAAAUUAACAGUAAUAAUUUUUUGUUAUUUGAGCAAUUUACACAACAUUGUAAUGAGAUUAAAUGCAGAAUGUAUCAUGUGUUGCUAUUCAAAAAAGCAUUUUGAAUUCUUCUUACACUAUUUUAUUCAAAAGAGCAAUAAUACAGUUAAAAGAAUGAAAACGCUAGCUGUAAAUUUUUACACAAACGAAGAUGAUAAUAAUAAUAAAGUUGAAGAUAACAAUAUAUGA